CGCGUCCGCGCUGCCGUUUGUGUUGGGUGCUGCGUACUUCUCUUCAGUUUGCUUUCGUUCCAGACUGAAGUUCGAGGAAGUCACCAUUUGGCCGAAAUUAGGAUCCGGAUUUUCCAACCUUUGGGGGGAAAAAACCGCAAAACUCUAACUGUGGAGGAGAGUGAAUUCCUAGCGUAUGGGGAAAGAGAAAAUAACCCCCCAAAAUCUUUUUAAAUUAUAGAUCUCUUUAUUAAUUUUCAAGUGUUCGGAUGCUUAAAGAAGAUUAUUUGAAGACGACUUUUAGAAUCAAAUAGCAUGGAUCCCAGCAGUGACUAUCAUUUCCUCAAUCACAUUUUGUGGAGAAGGGUGAAACUCACAUUGGUUUGUGGCAUCUUCGAAGGUGUGCUUCAGCAUGUGGACUCUAACAAGAUUGUUGUCCUGAAGAAAGUGAAGAAUGUGGAGACAGGUCGAAGUGUCCCAGGAGUGAAGAUGUUUUUUGGGCAUGAGAUUGUGAAUGUGGAAUUACUAGAUGAAGUGGAACAAGGUGCAGUGAGAGAAAAGGCAUCUUCUGUUAGUCUAAAUAUGGAAAGAAACAGGAUGGAUAAAAUGAAUGACAAAAGUGUAAAUGAAUGUGAGUCUGCUUCUCCUGCCCCGAAGAUACCAACAACCUCUAUGCUGAAUGACUUCAAGUAUAGCCCAUCAGAGGAAGAGGAGGUGACAUACACAGUCAUUGAUCAGUUCCAGCAGAAGUUUGGUGCUGCAAUGCUCCACAUCAAGAAGCAGAGUGUCGUGAGUGUGGCAGCAGAAGGAGCCAAUGUGUGUCGUCAUGGAAAACUGUGUUGGCUUCAGGUAGCCACAAAUAGCCGAGUUUACUUGUUUGAUAUUUUCCUUCUGGGAAGUCGUGCUUUCAACAACGGACUUCAGAUGGUAUUAGAGGACAAGAGAAUUUUGAAGGUUAUCCACGAUUGUCGUUGGCUUUCUGAUUGCCUCUCUCAUCAGUAUGGAAUUUUGCUGAAUAAUGUCUUUGACACACAGGUAGCAGAUGUCCUUCAAUUUUCCAUGGAAACGGGCGGCUUUCUUCCGAACUGCAUCAGUACUUUGCAGGAGAGUUUGAUCAGGCACCUGAAAGUAACCCCUAAAUAUCUCUCCUUUCUAGAAGAGAGACAAAAGCUGAUUCAGGAAAAUCCAGAAGUGUGGUUCACACGACCUCUUUUACCCUCUUUACUGAAAAUUUUGGCCCUAGAAGCUACCUACCUGUUACCCCUUCGCUUGGUACUACUGGAUGAGAUGAUGUCUGACCUAACUACCCUGGUGGAUGGGUAUCUAAACACCUAUCGAGAAGGGUCUGCAGACAGACUUGGAAGCACUGAGCCUACAUGUAUGGAGCUGCCAGAGGAACUGCUUCAAAUCAAGGACUUCCAGAAGCAGCGCAGAGAGAGAGCUACAAAAGAAUAUAGGAUGAAUGCACAGGGACUCCUAAUAAGGACAAUGCUACAUCCAAAGAGAUUAGUCAUGGAGACAGCAGGGAAAGAGGAAAAAGUCAGAGGUUUCUUAUCUUGUAAAAAUUCUGGGGUAGAUAAAGCUUCACGUUUUAUAUCCCAUGAAUUUCAUGAGGAUGUGAAUUUUCUGAAAGAAGAAUCUAAGAAUAAACAAACUACAACAAAAUCUCAACAUCUACCUCCCAUUAAGGAAGAAGCCAGUGAAGAUUCCAGUAACAAACUCAUAUGCCCUGAAUCAGAGGGGUCAGAGGACCAGAGAAUAACUCAAAAAGAAGACUUUAUGAUACACAAACAUGAGUUUCAGGCAAGUUUAUCUUUGAAAGAAGAGAUAGAACAGUUUUUGAUGGUGAAAAACAAGGAAGAUUUAGAACGCACAAAACAAGAUGUUUCAGUGUCUUUUUCUCUUCCUCAGGAAACCAGAGUGUCCCCAAGUGACGCCUUUCAUCCUUUAAGAAAAGCUGUGCUUUCCACACUUCCUCCCUGUCCAGCUUUGGAGAAGACUGAUUCCUGGAUAAAUCCUCUAAAUCUGCCUUAGUGAUAUGCAGUUUGUUUUUAAGGUCAUAAAGGUGGCUCAUUUCCCUUGCCAUCAGGGCCUCCCUCAGUGCUUGUUUCUCAUGUUGUUAGUUUAGUUAUGCCUCACUCAUAGGCUUUGGGGGAAAUUACAUCCUCAUGCUUACUCCUACAUUCCUGGUAUUUGGAUUAGGAUGGGAAUGAAUAAGUUAAAUAAUGAAAGAAGUAAACUUUUUUGAUUAUGUCUAUAUGCAGAAAUAUUCUCAGUGGCCAGAAUGAAUGGUUUCUCAUAAUUUGGGUUAGGGGGCCGGCCGGUGGCUCACUCGGGAGUGUGGUGCUGAUAACACCAAGGCCAUGGGUUUGGAUCCCAUACAGGGAUGGCUGGUUAGCUCACUGGGUGAGCGCAGUACUCACAACACCAAGUCAAGGGUUAAGAUCCCCUUACUGGUCAUCUUUUUUAAAAAAGAAAAAAAAAAUAAUAAUAUGGGUUAGGGGAUUUAAAGAAGGGAGAAAUCUUGGGCUUAGUAUCAAGAAGAAUCUAUAAUUUUAAAAUUUUGGGGGUUUAUUUUGGCUUUUAGAUUGGUUUGAAGCAAGUCAGUAAAACUCUUAGUCUUGAAAACUUUGUGCCU